AGAUGGAUCGAGCAAGUCAUGGCUUCCCGCCGCUCUCAUACUCCUUCUUUUCUUUCCUAGCUAAUAUUCAGAGGAAAGAAGGAGAUUUGAAGGAGUUUUUCACAUUCCACGGCAGAAGAAGCUCCAAAGACCACCGCUCCCACAAACACAAAUCUUCCUGUGAAGAUGUCAGUUGCGAAACAACACAUUCCGACUUUACAACACACGAGAAAAGAAGAAAUUCUAUUCCUAGUUUCUUACUAAAACAUCAUAAGAAAAGAUCGAAGAAGUCGAAAGGUGGUCUUGAAGACGAGCAUAUAGGAGAGGGUGAUCAAGACACCUCAGAGUCAUACCCUGCCAUCAAUAUUAUAGCGUCGGACGAUGCUCCAAGCAGCAGCGAAGUAUCCAGUACGUCCGUUGAAAAUAUCGCCAGUGAUCGUCGGUCGCCCGUCUUACUCAAGGCGAAUCGCUCCGAGGAGAACAUCCCUCGAGCAGCUCGCUUCGCAGAGACAGUGUCGAAAGUUUGCCGUUCUACUGAGCUCAUAAGGAAGAAGAAGCCUGACGAGAGCAAGCGAUCGUCUCAGGUCGACCUCCUCGAGGUCCCCAAGACGAGCAGAAGUAACUCGUGGUCAUCCGCAGACGAUGACGAUCCUUUUGGCGACAAGUGUGAAGCCGACAUGUCCAUGCUACAGAAGCUUGCUUUUUCGUCGCUGCACCUGUCGGUGCCAGCGUCGCCGCAGCUGUUGGGGGAGCAGCGGUGCAGCUGGGUGCAGCUCAGCGGCCACAUGGGGUCGGUGGCCCCCGCCGGCCCCUGCACCGUCUGGAAGAAACGUCCGCCCGAAUGCGUCGAGGCGGACGUUUACCGCGAGCUUAUGAAAGACACGGCCAGGAACAUCGUACCCACCUUCUACCGGGACACCUUCUACAACGACGAGUAUUUUAUAGAGAUGCGGAAUUUGCUCUUCUCUUUCGAGAGGCCAGCCAUCAUGGACGUGAAGAUGGGCACCCGAACUUUCCUUGAGGGGGAGGUUGCCAACAUCAAGCCUCGCCAGGACCUCUAUGAUAAGAUGGUGCAGUUGUCAGCGCAGGAGCCGACGGUAGAGGAGCACGCACAGCGCGCGGUCACCAAGCGCCGCUACCUGGAGUUCAGGGACACCCUCAGCUCCUCCAGGGAGCUCGGCUUCAGGAUAGAGGCUAUGAAGAUGUCCGACAGCGACGCCCUGGCUGAGUUCAAAACCGUCCGUUCGCGCAAGGAGGUGUUGGAGACGAUGGCGAUCUUCCUCUGCGGUCGCGACUCCAUCCGGAAGAACGUUCUUGCGAAGCUCAAGGAGCUCAGGAAAGUCUUCGAACUUUCGGAAUUCUUCAGACGACAUGAGGUCGUAGGAAGCAGCAUCUUGAUCGUAUACGACGAAGUUAAGGCAGGCGCUUGGGUCAUCGACUUUGCCAAGACGCGGCCGCUGCCCGACGGCAUCAGCGUCACCCACCGCGCGCCCUGGUGCCUCGGCAACCACGAAGAGGGCUUCCUCUUCGGUCUCGACUGCCUCAUCAAGGUGGUCGAGGACGUGAAAAUUCAUAAACACAAGAAAUUCAAUUUCCUCCGCACGUGCUGAAGAAAGUCGCGAUUAAAUUUCUUAUGUGAACGGCUGCUUCUCCACGACGUCGAUUGUGCUAUCUUCAGAAAAAUUAUAGGGUUAUAUAAUGCUAAUAGUGACGCACUUUCUGCGUGCUGCGCUGAUACGCCCUUUUGCCUGGCCAAACUUGGUCCGGAUGACCCUAACAAGAGUGCAAAAACUACAUCGUUAUUUGGACGCUCUCACUUAUUCUUCUGAGUGUAGGUUUAUUAUUGCUGAUCUUCGGGUGCCUUCCUCGUGCCUUCGUCCGUCAAUGGCACUACCAAAUUACAGUCAUUUCAGGCGUGGCCGAUAUGCCGUAAGUUAUUUUAAAGUAGGAAAAUUUUACAUGUGUAGACAUGUGAAUGUAAUAUCCUUUUACGACGAUCCAAGCGCGACGACCAAACACGUUCGCCCUUCAUCAAAAUUGCACUAAAUUGAAACUGAGUGUUCGAAAGUUGAACUGCAAACUGAAAUUCGUGUCCCGCAGCCGGCAGAAAGGUACCAGAAGUAAUGGAAAAGUAGAGCAUCCAGUGGACAGAUGUGGUAGCUGCACAGAGUUGUGCGUAAUACAUCACUUUGUCUCCAUACCUCCGGGCUCUAUAGUGGUUGUAGAAGCCCCUUCACUUCACAUUACUUCACCACGCUGCACUCUACCUCACUUCACUCACCAUGAUGGGGAGCAGCUAUUGCUUGUAUUCAUGCCUGUUAUUUAGGUGCUGAAAUUGAAGGCAAAAUUGCCGAUCAGAGCCGUGGAGGCUCUGAACGCUCGCUCGCUCCGAUGCACCUUUCAUACAUAUCGACGAGUGAAGGUGACGUUUCACUAGUCUUUGUAUUGCAUGGCACCUUUUCACGUAUUAAACGAUGUUUUACGAGAUA